GGCGGCGCUGUUGACUCCAGCUGUUAACAUGAUAUCUACUCACAGCUAAUUCGACUGAUUCACAUCUGUGACUCGGUGAAAAGUCCCUCAUCGUAUGUGUAACGAAAAAAAUUAUUGAUAAUGGAUUACUUACGAGAUCAGAGUUUAAAUCUGGACUCUCCGUCCAAACAGAGUUAUUUUGGCAGUUUUCACAUGCCCCCAGAGAAACUGUCAAGGCCCCUGUACAUGAACACAGUGACACUUCCAGUAGAAAGAAAGAGCUCGGGUGCACAGGAGACCAGUCCAAAGCUUUAUCGAGCAGCACCUGAUGGUGGAAGCAGUGCAGUGAUAUUAGCUUUGAAGACACUGCAGGAGAAGAUGCGGCGAUUGGAGCUGGAGCGAGUUCAGUCAGCAAAGAAAGUCCAGCACUUCUCUCAGUCAGUUCAACACAAGGCUGACCCUUCUGCACAGAGAGAACAGGACUACAUCACCAGAGAGAAUGACUCCACACAGAGGAAAGAACUGGUUUCCAAGCUUAGCUCUGCAGAAAUGCGAUGCUCUUUGCUGGAAAAGCAGCUUGACUACAUGAGGAAAAUGGUGAAAUGUGCAGAGAGGGACAGAAUCACUCAGACAGAAAGACAGGAGACAGCGUUUAAGGAGAGCACACAUAUACAGGCUCAGCUCAACAAAUUGGAAAAACUGGAAAAAGAGUAUCUGAAACUCACCAGUACACAGUCUGUCACUGAGCGGAAGAUUGAGCUCUUGGAACAGAAACUCCUAGAGGAGGAACAUGAACGCAAGCUUGUGCAGGAGAAAGCAGAGGAGUUACAGAGAGAGCUAAAGAACAAUCUCUUCUCCCUUUCUGCUGCUACUCAACCUAAAGGGAAAAAGAAAAAGAAGAAAGACAAGGUCAAGAUGUCCCCCUCGGUGGAGAUGGAGGUACCCCUCCCUCAAUAUCUUCCGAAGACUAAGUGCCUACUAUUUGUGGCUGGAACAUCGACCAGUCCUAGCCACUCAGUCAAUGCCAAUGUCCAAAGUGUGUUACAUAUGAUGAAGCACAGGAACCCAAGGCUUUGUGAGAGAGUUAGUGCUCUGCAGAAGUCAGGUUCUGAGCACCAACGCGCCCAACGCAGACCUCCAUCCUCACCCAGCAAAGCAGCCUCCACCCUAGGUAGCAUCUCUGAAAUUCUGCUCACCCUACAGGAUGAACUGGGACAGAUGAGCUUUGAACACCAGGAACUGGUCAGGCAGAUAGAUGAGACAGAUAAACGAGAGCUCAGAGAGGAUCUAGAACGAGAGCUGGGCUCUCUGGUCAAGAGAAUGGAAGAUAAAGCUGCUCAGAUCUCCACACUCCGCAAAGAUCAGCAAGCGGUUCAGAAACUCUCUAAGCCAUCUUCCAGCCCCAGACAGAAGCUACCUAGGACAGCCAGUGUAGAAGGUAAUACUAGGUUACAAAUGCAAGGUGGUAUACAUGCCUUGCCAACAUCCCCAGUUAAAGCUUCACCCAACAAGACACAGAAACAGUGCAGAACCAACCAGGAGCACCUGAGGCUCCUCAGAGACACACAGAGACUGUGCUCCAAUCUCCACAGAUAAGACGUCCACCUGGAGCUAUAGUCUGUUUCAUUGUCCUGAAAUAACCAUUCUGGUCUUGAAGAAAAGUCAUAACUUGAAAGAAACAGAAUGACACCUGAUCGUUGCCUUCCGAAAGCGCUGCAUUAAUCUGUAUCUAAAUGUGGGAUUGUUGUAGAUCGGGUCCACAUUUGAUAUGAGCUGAACUCAACUCUAAAUGACUUAAAUGAGAUUUUUAAUUUAUUUUUAUUUCUGU